GCAGUUAGUUCUCAUUCGGUUGAACGCUAGUCGUGACGCGUGGCUCGAGAGCGCGACAAGUGAAUUCAACGGGAAUUCCGAGGUGUUCUCUUUAUUUUGGGAAUUUUUUUUGAGACGGCGAGGCGAGAUUAUGAUGGACGAGUCCGGGAUCGAUAUGGGAUUCGAUCUUGCUGCCUUGAGCAACGCCGAUGAUUUGGAUAUUGAUAACAGUGACUUUGAUCAGGCCCUGUCAAUGCUAUCGAGCUCGCAGGAUUUCAUGUACUAUGAGCUCAAGAGCCGGGCGCCAGACACAUGCAGUCCGCCGACAUUCAAAACAGCUACGCCGACGUCGAGGACACACUUGAAACUCCAGUUGAUGAGGGAGCAGCUGCAGGAGCAGGAGAGAAAGGAAGCGGAAUUCCGGCAGAGUCUGCAACAGCAGAGGCCAGCAGCCGCUGCCCCUAGGCUAGUACCACCCACUCAACUAGCGACAAUUGGUGUGGAUGUUCCACCCCAAGUCCUUCAAGUCAGAACACUCCUGGAGAAUCCGACGCGCUAUCACGUGGUGCAGAAGCAGAAGAAUCAGGUUCGUCAGUAUUUGCACGAGUCGUUUCGAUCGAAUGAUGGAGACACGACAGAGGGACUCGUUGGUUCUAGUUAUGGUAGUGAGGGUGGAGGAACACCGAUUGACACGGGACCUUCGCAAAUGCCUAUGGCAGUACAGAGUGCUCCACCGGGCCCUGUUGAACACCCUAAACCACAGGCUCCGCAUCUCGCAUCGUAUCCAUAUGCACCGGCCCUGUUGCCAAGGUUAUCUGGGGUCUCAGCCAGUCCAGAUCCUACCAGUGGUGCUAUGUCGCCGGGACUCUCCAGCGUUGCCACCAGCAAUUCUGAGGCCGAAGAUCUCCUGGACGAUAUUUUGUCGUUCGAAGCGGGAUCGCUGGGAGGUGGGCUGAAGGAGGGCCAAGCGGGGAGUUUAUCCAGCCUACCAGAUCUUGAAAUAAAACCUGAACCCCUCCUGCUCACUGAUGCGGAGAUUCAUGCACUUGCCAAAGAUCGUCAGAAGAAAGAUAAUCAUAAUAUGAUCGAAAGAAGACGAAGAUUCAACAUCAACGAUCGAAUCAAGGAGCUGGGAACACUGCUGCCGAAAACCAAUGACCCAUAUUACGAAAUAGUGAGAGACGUAAGACCAAACAAGGGUACGAUAUUAAAAUCCUCCGUGGAGUACAUAAAAUUACUGAAAAAUGAGCUCACACGGAUGAAACAGAGUGAAACAAGGCACAAACAGCUGGAGCAUCAGAAUCGUCGGUUAUUAUUACGUGUACAAGAGCUUGAGCUUCAAGCGAAGGCUCAUGGUCUUCCAGUUACGGAUGCAAGCUGGGCGUCAACGUCAGCCGUAGCUGUCAACUCAUUCUCAAGGACUAAGCACGACCGAAGAAAGAUGCCCGAAAUGGUGAGCGAAGACACGUCCCUCCUGAGUAUGGCACAAUUCGAGGAUCUGAUGGAAGAUGACACGGGUGGUCCAGUCCACGGUGGGGAUCCAAUGCUGUCAUCACCGCACCUGCCACCCCUGAGUCCACCAGCCCCAGCCUGUCACCACCCCCUCCCCGACGAGGACACACUCGGUAGUUUAGCCCCAACAACGUCAAAUUCAUCGUCAGACAUGGACAUUGUUGCAUAGCCACGAGCCCCAAUUCUUGCAUACAUACGUGGACACAUAUCACGACCACCAGAGUCAACCAGUGACAUUGGAAUGGAUCUCUUUGGCUAUCUAGGAAUAGUCGAUGUACCGUGAGGAGAAAAACCAUUAAGAUCAUAGUCAUGUACUACGAGUGUGUGUACCCACUUGACUAUACUUUGAAAUUCUUCCCUUCCAGAGUAGCAUCAGUGAUUUAAUCGUAGUUUGAAUCGAUGCAUCUGCUAAAUCAGGGUGAGGUGGACUCCGACGGGAGGGGGAGGAGAGGAGAAGGAGGAGAAGGAAGGGAGGAAUAUCCAGUGAAUUGGAAAUAGUGCAUUCGGGUGGAGGCGAAAUGCCGACCAAGAGGGAUAAGAGGGUUUCAAGAGUGAACUUUCGAAGGGAAUUGGUGAUUUGGUCUCACUUAUAUUGCUUCCUCAGGACUUGGAAAUUGAAUUUUCUUGAAUUUCUAAAAUAUAUCGCCAAACACUUGACCCUGUUUCCCAGACGUGGGCCAACGUGUGUAAAUCAAUGCAGGAAUUACAGCGGAGGCGAAUCAUCGGGCGCGCUGGACGUGCAUCAUUUAUGAUUUAGUUGAAUUUUUAUGAGUUUAUCAUGAACUGACUGCGACUCAUCACUUGAAUGUCGUGUUAUUUUGAUGAUGCGAUUUAUGUUUGUAUUUGUGAAUUCUUACGAUAAUGGGAGGUGUGGUAACCGGUGAUAGCCGAGGUAUACAGUAGAUGAUGAAUUUCGCUGUAUUUCGAGAGCAGUAAAUGUGGAGGCGAAGAUAAAAGAAAGUUACGUCAUGUCAGGGUUCUUUUAUUUGUUCAUUUUCACUUGAAUUGAAAUGAAAUUGCGAUGUUUGCGUUUUAGAAAUUUUCAGAUGAUGCUCUCGAGCGCUUCAAGAUCUUUGAGAAAUUUUGGUGCUCGAGGGACCAUUCGGCAGGAUUAAAAUAAUCCUUCUCACCCACCGUAAAACGUCAAAUCCUGCAUGUGAAUUUGACUUUUUGCAUGUGUCACAUGCGAGAGUAACAUGAGGGGAGUUACACAUAAUUGUGACACUCUUCACCAAAAUGUGGGGAAAAUCUGUCAAAAGAAGGGAAAGUAACUGAUAUCCUACUUCGGAUUUAUCAAACAGUACUGAUGUGAAGCCGUCACGUGAUGCCAAAUACUGUACUCCGAUUGGUCGACAUCAGAUUGGAGGAAAUAAUCGAAAUAAUUGAACCCCCAUACCGCAAAUCGUCAAAUCCUGCAUUCUUACCGGUUGAAAUUCAGACGGAGAAAAUAAUCUUGUGAAUUUAAGCAAGACGAUUCGAAAAAAAUAGUAUUCACUAUUUGUAUCUUAAGGCGUUUUCUUUGGCCGACUCAUUUAUGAAUAGGAGGUGUUGGCUUGUGCGGUCAUUAUCAGACUGGAGAUUAAAGAAUGAGGAGAAAAGACAUCUCAUCUAGACUAAAAGAAGCGCAACGUCUCCAUUUGUUUACAAUUUUCAUUUUCACGCAUUAGUGUAAACAUUUUUCUAAAAAGUACGUUGGGCUUCUUUUCGUCUAAAUGAGAUGUCUCUUCUCAUUACUUUUUAACCUUCGAGUCUACUAAUCGUCGCACAGACCAGCACCUUUUUAUUCACCAUUUGGUUAAGCGAAAAGUUGAACUUUUCUUUUUGAUCACUGAAACGAUUUCUCCUAUGAGCCAAAACCAUAUGUGGUACACAGCCUCGUGUAUUAAAUUAAUAAUUCAUGUGUUGUAUUCCUCCGAUACUAUUGACUCGGGGAAUUGAGGCCGAUUACGCGUUUCAAUGCGCGUCAUGUAUGCGAAUUCGUACGCGUGAGUCGACGCAUUCUCUUCGUGUUUCAAUUUCGUGAAUUAGGAGAAUAAAAUUGUCAGGGAUAGUUUAACCACAGACACCAGGAUAUUUCCGAAAAUGUGAGAGAGUGCUAAACAAAACACCAAGUGCAAUGCAAUUCACUGGAUGAAAAACCCAGAACAAACCGUCAAUUUUCCGUUAAAAUGUAUUUAGCUGAAUAGACUAGAUUUUUCGAAGUAUUUUAGAUAAAUUUUUAUGCCUCUCGCCUACAAAACUCAUGUUAGUUAGUGUAAAUAUUAUGAUAUUAAGUGUAAAAAUGAAUCCCCUGUGGAGUAUCCGCAGCUCUUUGCAUUGUAAACUUUUGAAAUUUGUAUAUGUGAGGUAUGAGACAUUCGUUCACACAAUGUCGUCAAUCUUUUAUCCCCUCUGGGGGAGAAACUAAGGAAAAAUAAUACCCAUUCACCUACGUGACCCGAGUACGUAAAACAGCGAAUGGUGUGAGAGAAACGUUAAAGUUGUUGUUUUAUUUUUCAUUAGUUUGAAGUAUAACUAUUCGUUUCUGUGAGGCGAAAUGGGAGACGAAUUAUUGUAUUGUUAAUGCCUAAUGUUGAUUAUAUGAAAUAUUUUAUUAUGAGGAACAGUUGGAAUUCAGUGAGAUUUUCAUCAUUUGUGAGGGGUUGGAGUAUCGUCUGACGCUUUCAGCCUCCGAACAAAAAACAAAUUGUUACCGAAUUGUAUCGCCGUCAAGUUGCGAUGAGAUUAAACGCCUGAGGAAUCUAUCAGGUGAAAAGAAAUAACGUUACCAAAAAAAAAUCUGAAA